GAGAGAGAUUUGGGAGGAUUUGUGGCAGAUAAACUGAUAGAAAACUUUCGAACCUCUCUUUCUUUAACUUUUAUUACUCUCUACGUUUUUAUCUUCAUUUUGUGGUGCAGCCUCUCCAACUGAAAGUCCUCUACAAUAUAUACUGUCAACUACUAUAGCUCUACGAGAGAAGUCUUAUCUCACGCAAAUCUCUUAUUUCCCACUAUGAGGCAUGAGGAGAACUACUUAGACCUCAACAAUCUGCCAGAUGAUUUUACUAAAGAUAGAAAUAAGCAAGCGCUGGAGGAAGGUUCUUCCUCUGGUCAAAGAAAGAAGAAAGGAAGUAAAGAAGAGGAAGAUGAGAGCGGGAAGGUGUACGAAUGUCGAUUUUGUUCACUCAAGUUCUGCAAAUCCCAAGCUCUUGGUGGCCACAUGAAUCGCCACCGACAAGAGAGGGAGACCGAGACAUUAAAUCAAGCUCGUCAAUUGGUCUACCGUAACGAUACCUUAGCCCCACCUGGAAUUACACCAUUCGGAUAUCAUACCGCAGAUCCAACAAUAUACCGGUCGGUUUACUCAUCUCCAAUGCUAUAUGCCGAAAGCUCCUCAACAACAUUGGUUCCCCAACCGCUUCAACCGCCAUAUCCAUACUCUUCAAACCAAUACUCUCACAACCACACCAACGAUUACUACUUAAGCCGAACAUUUCGAGGCAGCAGAAGCAUCUCUCCAAACUCUAAUCUCCCUAUCACUACAACCGUUAAUUACAUGUCCGAUGGUCCCCUGGAAUCGAGCUACACUUGCGUUGGUGCACCCAUUGGUCAGACCGGUUACCCUAGCCGUGGCUCCCUUAACAUCCGUGCGCCCCCGCUUGAACCGCCACUAACUCGCGAUGGUGACGCUUCACGGCAGCGUUUGGAUCACUCUCUUCGGCGGUUUCAAGAUCAUCACUCACUCUGAACUUUAACAUAUUUUCUAUGCUUUUCUUGUUAUGUUCCUUUUAUUUUUUGGGUAUUUUCUUGUUCUCUUAUUUUGUUUGGUCAUCGAGAAAGUAGGGGAUCUUGAAAUGUCUAAACACCAUGGAUCAGGCAUGUGUUAUUACCAAAUGGCCCGCUUGUUGUGUUUAUUUUUGUUAUUUUUGAAGUUCUAGUUGAAAUAUUACUAGGAUCUAAUUAAUUGUAUGUUGUGCUCGAUAGUA